AUGGAGUUCCAAGAUGCUUUGCGUGAUAUCAUGUACGGUUCAAUAGCAGGAGCAGCUGGCAAAGUUAUAGAGUACCCUCUGGAUACCAUCAAAGUUCGUCUGCAAACGCAGCCGGCACACGUAUUCCCCACAAGUUGGUCGUGCAUCAAAUACACAUACGCCAAAGAAGGUCUGUGGAAAGGUUUCUACCAGGGUCUGGGAUCACCUGUAGCUGGAGCAGCUCUGGAAAAUGCCGUUUUAUUCGUAGCGUUCAACAGGGCCCAGGGCUUUCUCAAAAGGCAGUACGGAGAGUCUCUCACGCCGCUCUCUCAAACCGUUUUUGCUGGUGCGUUUGCUGGUGCGUGUGCCAGCUACGUUUUGACACCCGUAGAGCUAGUGAAAUGCACUUUGCAGGUGUCGAAUCUUUCGACCUCCAAAACUCGACACUCCAAAAUAGGCCCCACCAUCAAGCAUAUCGUUCAAACCCGUGGAAUCUCUGGACUGUGGCAGGGCCAGUCAAGCACUUUUAUUCGUGAGACUGCCGGUGGUGCUGUGUGGUUCGCCUCAUACGAGAGUGUGAAACGGUACUUGGCCCAGAGGAGAGGCCCAGAAAAUACUCAAAACCAUACCUGGGAGCUGCUCACUGCAGGAGCUUCCGCUGGUGUUGCAUUCAACGCCAGUAUUUUCCCUGCUGACACGAUCAAAUCUACCGCACAAACAGAGCACUUGGGAAUCAUCGACGCCACGAAGCGUAUCCUGGUCAGAAGUGGACCUGCUGGUCUGUACCGUGGGCUUGGAAUCACACUUUUGAGAGCUGCUCCCGCGAACGCAAUCGUUUUCUACACUUACGAGACUUUGUCUAAUUUAUAG